UCAGUUUGUAUUGCAAUUUGUGUUUUAAUUGAAUUAAUCACAGUCAGGAGCAAACAUGGACCACACCCGCGAGAUUCUAACUUUCCAGUUUGGCACAUAUGCAAACUAUGUGGGUGCACACUUCUGGAAUCAGCAGGAGGCAAAUUUCGUUUACGAUGGCGAGAGCAGCAAUGUGGCCGAGGAGCAUCUGCCCCACAAUGACAUACUAUACAGAGAAGGUGUUAAUGAUCGCAAACAGGCGACAUUCACGCCACGGUUAUUGUCUGUGGAUCUCGUUGGCACAUUGAUGCACCUGCCCGUUGUGGGUGAGCUGUAUGGAAACUAUUUGCCGCUGGCGACAGAUCAGACGGCUGAUGAGCUGCAGAAGGCCAAAGAAUUGGCCGAGCAGAACAAGCUCUCCACUCACGGUGAACUGGAUGUGCGACAACAGCCAGCCGCAACGAUAUCCGAAUAUCAGCAGGAUUUGCUCAAAAAUACAGUAAAUACGCAGGACAAGGACUAUAAUUUGGCUGAGACGUGCAGCAGUUGGGCAGACUUUCUAUAUGCACGCUACCAUCCGCGCACAUUUAACGUGCUGCAGGGCAUGCUGCAACAGCCAGAUGUCCAGGUGUUGGGCUCACAUUGUUCCGGCGUGGAGCUGUGGCAAUCUGCCGCUUUCAAUGAGGAUUUUUGUGAUCGCAUUCGCCUCUAUGCGGAGGAAUGCAAUGGACUGCAGGGCUUUCAGCUGCUCUUUGACAUCGACGAUGGAUUCGGUGGACUGGCUAGCAAGUGCAUGGAGCAUCUGAAUGAUGAAUAUAAUCGGGCCAUUUUCGCUCUGCCUCUGCACUAUCCGCGCAACAUGUCCUAUGCCAAAGCAGAUACACGCACCUCGCGCAGCAUUCGUGUCGUGAACAGCGUGCUCAGCUAUAAGCAUCUGAGCGAGCAGGCGAACCUAUUCACGCCGCUGUCCACGCUAGAGACGAUCUGGCGUAACCAGACGUUGGAGUCACGUCGAAUGCCGGGCGUCAAUUGGCUGGCGGAUAAUCUGUAUCAGAGCUCGGCAGUGCUGGCUGCGUAUUUGGAUACAGUGACGCUUGGCUAUCGUUUGCGCCAGACGCCCAAUACUCUGUUGAGCUUUUGUGAGCGUGUCACACCAGCUAAUCGCAAGUUGGGCGCUGCUGCAUUGGCUCUGCCGCUGGGCAUGCAGCGGGAACAGGAUCUCAUUGACUUUCUGGAUGGGCCAGAUGGCUCACUGAUGACACAAUUGACACCCGGCUGUGAUCCGGGCACAACGCAUGUCGUCCAGUCGGUGGUGGCGCGUGGUAUACCCGAUGCACGACUCAAGCGCCCCUUGGAGCAGGCCGGUUCGCAAAUCUCUAAGGCUGCCUAUCGCUGCAACAGCGUCUCUCAGAUGCUGCAGCUGUACUAUCAGUGCGCUUAUCAUAGCAGUCUGACGCAUGCCGCCUCGACGCCGCUGCCACUCAAAACGCAUCUGCCCUUUCCGUAUGAGAUCUUUGAUGCCAGCAUCGCCGCUGAUGGCUUCAAGCUGCCUGGCGAUGGACAGCGUGAGCGGGAUACUCGUGUGGCCAGUGCACCAGCUCUGGCUGCAGUGCAAAACUCCAGCAAGCUGGGCACUCAUCUCGAUUCAUUGCAUGAUCAAACGCAUCGCGUUCAGCUGGCCAAAUUGCGUAAUUUCUCGCAGGUGGCUCUCGAGCGAGAUGAGUACGACUCGGCACUCGACAGAAUCCUCGAGUUUCGUGACAACUAUGAAGACUCGCACUAUCUUUAAGCGAACAUAACUUGUGAUCCUCAUUAAAUAAACGUAUUCUAAUCUAAGGCCUGCAUUCCGGGAAUCGCCAAACGAAUAAACAGCACAACAGCAAUCGAAUUUACAGUCUGUUAACUAAUCGGUUUAAUGGAUCUAUCAAUAAGAGAGCCGCAGACAAUGUAAUCCGAUUCAAAAUAAAAUAAGUGUAGAAAGACAAA